CGCCUGACCGCCUCCGAGCCGCUCAGCCUGGAGCAGGAGUACGAGAUGCAGCGCAGCUGGCGGGACGACGCAGACAAGUGCACGUUCGUUGUGCUGGACGCAGAGCGGUGGCCUGGGCAGACGCGUGCGGACGAGGACUGCAUGGUGGGAGACGUGAAUCUCUUCCUCACCGAUGCUGAGGAUCCGACUUUGGGCGAGAUUGAAGUUAUGAUUGCAGAGCCCAGCUACCGAGGCAGAGGAUUUGGCAAGGAGGCAACUCUGAUGAUGAUGUCCUAUGGAGUGAGAAACCUGGGGAUCAACAAAUUUGAGGCUAAGAUUGGUCAGGAAAAUGAAGCCAGUAUCCGCAUGUUCAAAAAGCUUCACUUUAAAGAGGUUGCUGUCAACAGCGUUUUCCAGGAGGUGAUUCUGAGGCUGGAUGUCAGUGAUGAGGAGAGACGAUGGCUCCUGGAACAGACAAACCACGUGAAGGAGAAGAGCUACACUGAACUGAAGCUGCCAGCUGGGGUGCUGGAGACCUGA